AUGAAAGUUGCAUGUCUUCAGUUUAAUCCUAUACUCGAACAAGUAGAAAGAAAUCAAAAUUUUGCCUCCGAAUUACUCUCGAAUUAUGGUCCAGGUGAAAUUGAUAUUUUGUUGCUUCCAGAAAUGGCCUUUACAGGAUACGUUUUCACCAGUAAGGAUCAUAUAAGACCAUAUCUAGAAGAUGCAGAAACUGGCACCACAGUUCAAUGGGCAAGAUCCCAAGCAACAAGAUUACAAGCGUUUGUUAUGGUAGGAUAUCCUCAAAUAAUUAAAGGAAAACCAGAUAAAUAUUACAACAGUAUUUGUUUAGUUGAUCGAUCCGGUGAACUUAUCACAACAUAUCAGAAAACACAUUUAUACGAGACUGAUGAGAAUUGGGCUGAGGAAGGCCCAGGGUUCAAAUCAAUACACAUACCUACAUUAGGAAAGGUGGGCUUAGCAAUUUGCAUGGAUCUGAACCCUUAUAGAUUCCAGGCUCCCUCAGAUGAAUUUGAAUUAGCUCGUUUUCAUCUACGAGAAAAAAGUAAAAUCAUACUAUGCUCAAUGGCUUGGCUGAAAUCAAGUGAAUGUGUUAACAGUGAAUUGUUAUUGGAUAGUUAUGAUGAACCAAUCCAUGAUACUUCAAAUAUGAGAUAUUGGUGUUAUAGAUUACUACCAUUAUUUGACGAUGAGGCUUUACAACAAAAUGAUGAUGCUAAUAAUACUAGAGAAUCUGAAAAUGAUAAAGUGUUUAGUGUUAUAAUAUUAUCACCAAAUACUUCAGCUGAAUUAUUAGGAGCAUUGGAAGUUAACGAAGAAAAUGUUCUUGUGCUUCCUUCACUUUUCCAGAGCACAAAAACCCAACAAAAGGAAAAAACCAGACAAUUUAUGGCCUUUACGAAUGCAAGUGAAAAAGUUUCUCAAAAAAAAUUAAAAGAAUUCAAUUGGAAUGUCGAAGUAGCUGUAGACGAUUAUUUUAAUAAUCAACCUAGCACCAUCACUUGGAGAGGCUUAUCAACUUCUCAAAGUAUGAGUUCUGGAAUAGAUUUAAGAAAACUUGAAGAUGUAUUUAACAAGUACAUAGAUAGGGAUGAAGGCAAUGAUAAGGAUAGAAAAGGAGUAAUUUCAGUGGAUGGAGUAAUAAAAUAUUGUAAUGAUUUGGGA